UUUUUUUUUUUUUUUUUUUUUUUUGUUCCUGCUGUUGUUUGACAGUCUAUGAUCAAGGGUUUGGAAAAACCUGGGGAGCAAUCAGAUGAUUACGCUGAUGCUAUGGCUGCUCAGGUGCGUCGAUUGGCAAUGGAAGUGAGGCAAUUGGCCUCAUCACGGCAGAUAACUGUUUUGAAUGGGGGGGAUUCUGGAGGUAAGUUAACCUCUUACAUAGCUCCAGCUGCUGCCGUAGGGGUAUUGGGUUAUGGUUACAUGUGGUGGAAGGGUAUUUCAUACAAGGAUCUUUUGUGGGUAACAAAGCGCAAUAUGGCUGCUGCUGUUGAGAACUUGACCAAGCAUCUGGAAUCUGUGUCAGACGCUUUAUCUGCUGCAAAGAAGCAUUUGACUCAACGAAUUCAAAACCUAGAUGAUAAAAUGGAAACACAAAAGGAGAUCUCAAGAAAUAUUCAAGCAAGGGUGGAGGCAACCAACAAUACUCUUUGUGAUGCUAAAUAUCAUUUGGAUGAGCUGCAUGAUUUGCUUUUUGGUUUGGAUGGGAGAAUGGACAUAAUGGAAAAGAAGCAGGAUUUUGCAAAUAGAGGGGUCAAUUUCCUGGUCCAAAUGUUUGGUGGGAAGAGCAUUCAAAUGCCUGAUGAUCUGCAGGAACAGCUUAGACUUGUUGGUAACUCCCGUAAUUUACUCAAACAUUCUGGGACUCCAUCUGUGAAGGGUCUGAAAGAUAUUGUUGAUACUUUAAGUGAAAGUAUCACUGAUUCUGGGGCAGAUGCUGUUGCGCACGACGGAAUUGACAGUUUGGACAAGAGGCAAAACUCCCUGCGAAGGUUUGAACUUCUUGCUUAUUUUUCGCAUCCAAAAUCCUAAGUCUUUUUUUUUUUAAGUGGUCUACCAAAAAUCUUAGCUAGCUUGCCAUAACCAAAGUGAGAUUGAUAAUAAUACUUUUUAAAGCUAAAUGAGGGCAAUUUCAGCGAGAUGAUUAAAGAAAGCUGUUACUUUGAGUAUGCCUUUGACAUGAUUUACGUGUAAUAAAGCAAGCAUAUAAGGUUUGAAGUAAAUUGACCAUGGGAUGUUGGUUAAACAUCACAAUUUUUUUUUCAUUUCAUCAGUUCACUUUAAGUUUGAUCUUGUUUCCUCGUAAUUUUCUAGAUUAGACUCGUAAUUGAUAGUUGAUACCCGCUAGUUUCUUGUAUGAAGUUGAUAUACAAAGACAAAAUGACAUGCUGGUUUGAAUAAGAUGCAGCAAAACUGUGUAAUUGAUAAAAUUUUAGUUUUUUAUUUGUAAAUCAUAUUUAAAUAAUGCAAUAACAAAUUU